AUGAUUGGACCAUAUUUAUUGGAAAUGAUGUUAGAGGUUAAAAAGGCAUUUAUUAGCUUUCUAAGGAUGAACAAUGAUUCAAGUCCUUCUGAUCCUUUACAAACAUCAUGUUCACAUGGAAGUGUUCAUGUAAACGGACAUUAUCCUAGUCCAAUGCCUAAGAAUAGUGUUGUUCACAUGGAAGACUACAAUAAAAACAAUGAACAUGGUCCUCGCCUUAGUUUCAAGCGGUUAACCUUAUCUGAUUCGCUUGAUCUAGCUGGAAAUCGCAUUCAGUCGCAUUUGUAUUCCAAGCUUGGUCCAGAGGCGAUCGAACUUGACCUAAUGUGUGCUGAUAAAAUUUACUCUACAAAAGAAACUUCAAGUAAUGGUCAUUUGUUUUGUCCCGUCCCACUUGAUGGUGAUACCUUUUGUGAUCAUUGCAACCAACCUAUUUGGGAAUUCGGUUGGCGUCCAGUCUGCUUAAAGUGUGCAAAAUGCCACAUGACCUGUCACUGGCUGUGCAAAACUGAGGUUACAGUUUUGUGUGAUGAAGACGCCAAGACCUCUCAUCAAGUUACUGAACCAAAUCUAUUUCCCCCAAUGAUUGUUUCGGGGAACGAUUUAGAACAACAGGUUGACAGCUCAGUCUCUAAGUUAUCAACAAGUCCGGAAAAUGAUAGCACUAAUUAUAUGUCGUCUGAAGGAACUUUAGUUAAGUCUUCCCAACUGGAUUUCCAUGUAAAUAAUCACCUAACUUCUGAAUGUGAUAUACCAUUACUUGAUACUGUUUCUUCAAAUGAAUUAGAUGGAGUGAAUAGUCCUGUUGACAAAACGAUUGAUCAUCUUGCGUUCGAAAGAGUUACUUUACAAUCAAUCUCUCCUAGUUCGAGUCAGCACACUUUCAUGACUACAAACUUCAACACACCGUUAAACGUUCCUGCUAAACUGGAUAAUGGAAUAUCAAUAAAGCAGAAGGCUGAAUGCUUAUCUCGAUCAACAUUGUCAAGGCGUGCUACUGAGUUUCACAAAUCGAAAACAUCAGUUGAUGUAAAAUUAGUCAGUAGGCAUUCAUUUCUAUGCGGAAAUAAACCAAACGUUUGCCUAGCUUAUGAUUUUUCAAGCUUAGAUAAGGAGGCGAUUCGAGAUCGAGGGAUUCUUGUGAGACAAUUAAGCCCAUCUCUUACUGAAUUACAAAACACUUCUAAACCACUUCAGAACACAAAUAUUAUCUCAGAUACCUCGAACUCCAAUCCUUUUACUCGUUCAGAUGAAAGUUCGUUUCCAGAAAAAGAAGUUUCUGAUAUUGGCCUUGCCAGUGUGAUGCAAACAACUCAGGAAUUUGUUCGCACCAAACAAAAACGAAGCUUUCAGACUCAUCUACGUUCUUCAAAUGCGCUUCCAUUAAUCCCUAUGGUGGUUGGACCGCGAGCAAUAUUGCCUUGGUCUUCUGAGCGUUUGAAACAGUUAAUUCAAAUCUUUAGUGUAAAUGAAUUCGGAUUACAAGCUGCUAGUCUAACUGGUGCUGAUUCAUGUGAUUGCGAAGGUCAAGUUCGUGUACAUAUAAACUUACUCCGCCCUAUUCAAAUGUUACUUACAGCUAGACCAGCUUCCAUUUUCGACGUAGUUGGUGCAAAAAGUGAUGAAACAGAUGAUGAUGAUGAUAAUGAAGAUGACGAUGGGGCAGAUGUUAGUGAUCGAUCUGAAGAUGAUCAGAAUCUUUGGUUGGUCCAAGGCGACAACAAUAAUAACUGCCAUCUUGUUUCGAAACAACACCCUUCUAAUACACCACAUUCCUUUGUAUCAGCCAACAUUCCAUAUUUUUCACCAAAUAAUAAAGUGCAUAAAGCUGAUGGAAAUAUUGUUGAGUCACAUCGUCGGUUAGGUAGAACAACUUCAACAGUAUCUACUUUUCGGUUACCAAGAGGAAGCACAAAAUUGUUGCAUGUUCGACUAUCGACAACUGCACAAAUGGUUAUUUGUGCACUACUUGAUCGAUUUGGUAUACGAGAUAAUCCUCAAAAGUUUGCUUUAUAUGAACACACAAUUGAAGGUGAUCAGAAAGUUUCUGUACGAAAAUUAUUUGAUAAUGAAUCACCGUUGGGGUUACUAUUCAAGUGGGUCGAUCAAGAUCCAAGUAAUUUUAACAACAUUCUGAGUGUGAAGCGAUUAGUAUUACAAGAGAAUGAAACUGGUGAUAUUGAAUGGACCACAUUUAGUUUAUCAGAAUUGUAUACAUUUUUGGGAAUAUUGAAUCGUGAAGAAAGUGAUUAUCGUAGACGUAUUGAAAUGAAAUAUGAAAUACGCAGGAAAGAAAUAAAACGUUUAAUGGAACUACAUAAUAAUAAAUUUAAAUCUUUAGAUAAGUCAUUCAAUUGUCAAUUCAAUUCUGUUACUUCGGAUGUAACCACUGUAAUUGCUGAACGAUAUGAAAAUGAAGAGAUAACUAAACAAUCAUGCGAUGAAAAUUUGGAAUUUAAUGCCUAUUCUUGUAUGGAUUCAUUGUCUGCACCGGUUUCGCCAACAUUAUUUCGUAAAACAAACAAACAGAUAGAUUUAAACGAUGAAAAGUCGACUUUACCAGGAGUUUCAAACUCACCAGAUUCUUGUUCAUCUCCAGAGGCAACACUCAAUCGUAAUACAAUUAAACACAGUCAAUUUUCUGAUGCUGUAUCCACAUUACCUCGUGUACCAUCAAAUAAAAUCUCUGGAAUAUCAAAUACUUCUAAUAAGAUUCCUUCUAUAUUCAAAUCGUUUUCUAAUUUUAAAGCUAAAAAAGCUGAACUUGCUCAACAAAAAAGAUUAGCUAAAAUGGAAAAAGCUCGUAUUAAAGCAGAACAACAACAACAACAGCGUAAAGAAAAAAUUAAAAAUCAUCCACUUUCUUCAUGGAAAUGGCGUGGAUUUGGCACACUUUCUCCGUCUAGUUCUUCAUCAAUGUCUCCUACUGGUUUGUCACCAUCAUCAUCACAUCAAUAA